AUGUCUUCGAACAAGAAUGCUAAAUGGUCAUCCUCGGUUUCUUUAACGAAACUCGUCUCUUGUAUAACUCGUACACUAUCGAUUUCUUCCAAAACAAGACAACCACCAUCGAAGAAAACGAACAAAGUUGGGCCACAAUCUCAAACAAUUCCGACGAAUACCUUUUUUACUCCCAAAAGUGUACCUACUAUUCGUCAUCAUUCUACACAAAUUAUUUCACAAAUUCUACACAUGGAUAAUAGUAGACAAACAAAACAUAAUGGAGAAGCUAACAAUGCAAAUUCUUUUAAGAAAACAAAAUUCGAAGACGAUGAUUAUGAUGAAAAGCGACAAUCAAUUCAAGAUGAUUUGUCACUCUUUAAUGUCAGUGCAGAAAAUCUUCAUGAUGAACCAGAAGAACAUGAUGAAAGAAAUCAUCAACAAUAA